UGAGACCCCGCCCUGUCCACGCUCAACCGCUGACCGACCGUCACUCUCUCGGGGCUCAAACCGUAACCGUUGCCCCUUCUCGCCUGAUGUCAGACGGCUUGACGCCAGUUUUUCUGCUCGCCGCCGGUCCGUUAGCUCCAGUUGGAGAGCUAACGGCCGCCUGGUGAAAUGGGAUGAUGUAGCGGGAUAACUCCGGGGAACAACUACGCAGCACCUUAGCAUGCUAAGCUAACGCGAAGCUAGUAAGUAGACCGAGUCAGCGGCUGGAAGCUAACCCAGACUAGCGUUCACCUGCGGGCUGCCCGGCUGCCCCUGCCGUGGUUAGCUAACAGAAUGGAAAGUGGGAAGGAACAAGACUCCGGGGCGCUGUCGGCUUCACCAGCACUACAGGGGACACCGGACCCCGGCGGGGACUUCGCAAAGCCCAGCGGAUUAUCCUCGCUCCCCCAUGGAAAGAGACCCUCCAUCGCGGAGGAUGAGGGUGGGGGCGCCGAGGCGAAACUCUUCGGGAAGGGACUCGCGGCCACCUCCCUUCUCCAGAUUGCGAUACGAAACGGGAUCUACCAGAACCAAGUUGCCAACGCGACGGGGAAAAGCAGCAGCGGCAGCAGCAGCAGCGUUCCCGCCGCGAAAGCCGCCAACAUGUACGGCUUGACGUCGGCGAGCAGCAGCACUUCGGUGAACUCGCUGCUGGGCAGGCGGCGGCACAGACACAAGAGGAAUCUGUCCCUGGGGGCUCCGCCCGGGGCGUCCUCCGGCGAGGCGGCCAGCCCCGCUCCCUCCGCCUCGCCCCUGAGCACCCUCAGCCUGGACAGAAAGACCUUCCUCCGGCAGAAGCAGUCGAAGCAGCUCCAGGCCUCCGACAAGUCCUGGGUCAGAUCGGACCUCCGGCGGGGCUGCAUCCACGUCCACGACUGGCUCACGCCCUCCGUCCCGCGCCCGGUGCUCUGCACCGUGGACACCACGGCGAGCGAGGUGGCCGCCAAACUGGAGGCGAGCAAAUCCGGGGCUGUGCUGAGAAUAAACUGCAAACCUGUUGCUGCGUCCGACUUAAACGGCCUCUGCGCGGCUAGCAAUGGACACGCCGACGCCGGGGACGAGCAGACCCCCCACUCGGAGGAGAAGGAGAACCCGAAGAUUUGCCCCGAAGCCAAAACGCCCUCCAACUUAUUCCUCGGCGACAAACCGGGCAGCAACUCCUCGUCGGAGAUGUGCUUGAACGACGUGGGCGUGGAUUUGAGCCAGGGGGCCGCCGACUGUUUCGGAGCCUUCUCGGGCUCGGACAUGGAGAGCAGCACCUGCGAGGACCUGAGCCCGGGCGGCCCCAGGAGCUCGGAGCACCGGGACUCCCUCAGCGAAGGCCCGGCGUCGGGCAUGGACUCCUCGGCGCCGAGUCCCAACUGCGACAGCGCCGCGGAGGGAGCCGACCCGUUCGAGAGCUCCUCGGACGAGCUGGACCUCACCUCGUCGCCGACGCACUCCACGGACACCUCCGCGGCGGACCAGCUCCCCGCCGACACCUCCGCGGACGGCCCCGGGCUGAGCGACGCUCCCAAAUACCCCAGCAGCUCGCUGACCCGGCCCCUCACCACCCAGCCGGACCGGGAGAGCUCUCCCGGGGCCGGCGGAGAGUGGGCCGAGCCGCUCGGCGCCGGCCCGACGCCGACUCUCUUCAUCCAGCUGCACGGGGGCGUGGUGCGGCGGCUGGCGGCCAACGAGCGGCCCCUGCGGAUCCUGAACGAGUACCUGGCCAACCUGGGCUUUGCGGACGAGUGGCGGGUGCAGGAGGAAGGGCUGAACCCGGAGAUCGGCUGCCUCAUACGCUUCUACUUUGGUAAGCCUCGCAGCGCGGGGGGCUCCGAGCGCGUGCAGCUCUCCGGGGUGUUCAACGUGCGGAAAGGCAAGCUGGCCCUGCCGGUGAACCGCUGGUCGAGGCGGCAGGUGACGCUGAGCGGAACCUGCCUGAUCGUGUCGUCGGUGAGACACGCCCACACGGGCAAGAUGCACAUCCUGCCCCUCAUCGGAGGGAAGGUGGAGGAGGUGAAGAGGCACAGCCACUGUUUGGCCUUCAGCUCCGCCGGUCCCCAGAGUCAGAUCUACUACGUCAGCUACGACUCCUACGCCGAGCACCUGCGCUGGCACAGGAUGGCCUCCAAGAUCGCCUCUCAGAGGGUGAACUCUGUGGACCUGUCGUGCUGCAGCCUGGAGGAGCUGCCCGCUCAGCUCUUCUACAGCCAGGACCUGACGCACCUCAACCUGAAGAACAACUUCAUGUCGCCGCAGAAAGGUGUUCCCGCUCUCACCAGGUUCUGUAAGCUGAGAAGCCUCAGUCUGUCGAAUAACGCUCUGUCGGACUUUCCUCUGGCGCUGUGCGACAUCACCUCGCUCACAGAGCUCAACCUGUCUGGGAACCGCCUCGCCUGUCUGCCUGCGGAAGUAGCCGCCAUGCACAACCUGCAGACGCUCCUCCUGGACGGGAACGUCCUCAGCUCGCUGCCUGCAGAGCUGGGCUCUCUGGAGGGCCUGACCUACCUCAGCUUAUCCUUCAACUGCUUCGGCUGCGUGCCUCCCGUCCUGGAGAAGCUCAGGAGCAUGGAGAAACUCUGCCUGGCAGGGAAUCGGAUCUCUGUCCUGGACGUGGCGGGGCUGCAGUGGCUGCCUGCUCGCUACGUAGAUGUCAGGCUGAAUCAGCUCCACAAAGUGACGGUGGGGGAUUCAGAGCAGCUGCUCCACAUCCUCCAGCUGGACGUCAGGGACGCAGGCCUGCAGGAGCUGGACGUCAGCUGCUUGGCGAGGCUGGAGCUGCUCCGCUGCGACAGAAACCGCCUCUCCCACCUCCGAGUCAGCGGCCACGCCCUCAAGAGCUUGCACGCCAGUCACAACGAGCUGGUGCAGCUGGAUGCGCAGCCUGUGCCAGAAAAUCUGACCGUCGUGGAUCUCUGCAGGAACAAGCUGCGAUGCGUACCAGACUGGUUGUGUGAGAGCAGCAGUCUGGAGGUGCUGGACGUCAACCAUAACCGCGUCACCGAGCUGCCCGCAUGGCUGUUCUCCGGUUGGAGUCUGAGGAAGCUGCUGGCUGGCUGGAACGACGUGUGCAGGCUCCCCGACAGGCUGGAGGAUUCCCAGCUGGAGGUCCUGGACCUCCAACACAACCGCCUGACGGAGCUGCCGCACAACCUGUUCAUCAAAGCCCAGAGCUUGCGCUACCUAAACGCGUCGGCCAACAAGCUGGAAGACCUGCCUGCAGACGUCCUGUCAGAAGACGCCUGCAGCAGUCUGGAGGAGCUUUAUGUGACCAACAACAGCCUGACGGACAAGUGCAUCUCUCUGCUGACGGGACAUGGCCGUCUAAGGGUGCUGCACCUCGCCUACAACCAGCUGCAAACCUUCACCGCCAGCAAACUGGCUCGGCUGGAGCAGCUGGAGGAGCUGGACCUGAGCGGCAACAGACUGCGAGCUGUGCCCACCACCAUCCUGAGCUGCCGGCGGCUGCACACGCUGUCCGCCCACUCCAACUGCAUCAGCACCUUCCCAGAAGUGCUCCAGCUGCAGGAGAUUAAGUGCGUGGAUCUGAGCUGCAACGAGCUGACUGAGGUGGCGCUGCCGGAGGUUCUUCCCCCAAAGCUCCUGGAGCUCGACCUCACCGGGAACCCCCGACUCAACCUGGACCACAAGAGCCUGGAGCUCCUCAACAACAUCCGCUGCUUCCGGGUGGAUCCGUCUCCUUCGGCUUCUGCUGCGAGCGAAAGUCACGGAGUCCCCGCGGUCUGGAGUCACGGCUUCACCGAGGCUUCCGGGGUCAAAAACAAGCUCUGCGUGGCGGCUCUGGCCCAGGACACAUUCUGCGGGACUCGGGAAGCCCUGUACGGCGUCUUUGACGGCGACCGGAACGUCGAGGUGCCUUACCUGCUGCAGUGCACCAUGGGAGAUGUCCUGGCCGAGGAGCUGCAACGAGGGCCGAGGCAGGAGGACUACAUGACCAACACUUUCCUCACCAUGCAGCGGAAACUGGGCACGGCGGGUCAGAGGAUGGGCGGCUCGGCGGCUUUGUGUCACGUCCGGCACGAACCCGUGGCGCCCGGCGAGGCCGGGAAUUGCUUUACGCUGAAGGCCGCCAACGUGGGCCGGUGUCAGGCGGUACUGUGUCGGGGAGGGAAAGCUCAGCCGCUGUCCCACAUCCACACCGUCCGAGAGGAGCCGGAGUACGAGAGGGUCCGACUGCACAAUGCCGUCAUCACAGAGGACAACAAGGUCAGCGGUGUGACCGACUCCACCAGGAUGAUGGGCUACUCCUUCCUCAGUCCCUGCGUGACGCCCUGCCCACACGUAUCCACGCUGACGCUCACCCCUCAAGAUGAGUUUUUCCUCCUGGGCAGCCGGGGCCUGUGGGACCUGCUGUCCCCCGCCGAGGCCGUCGAGGCCGUCCGAAACGUCCCGGACGCCCUCGCCGCCGCCAAGAAGCUGGUGACGCUGGCUCAGAGCUACGGCUGCUCCGACAGCCUCAGCGCCGUCGUCGUUCAGCUCAACAUCACCGAAGACUGCUGCUGCUUCUGCGAGCCGCCCCCUCCGCCGCCCAGCCCGGGGCCCGCCGCUCAGCCCGCCCUGCAGCCCUACGCGUCCGACGGCGGCGGCGUCCCGCUACCGCCGGCCUCCUCCGGCACCGUGAGCGAGCUGAGCAGCGAGUUCAGCACCUCGGAGAUGAGCAGCGAGGUGGGCUCCACGGCGUCGUCCGAGGAGCCGCCGCCGCAGGCCGAGCCGCCGGGGUCCCACCCGAGCGCUCAGGGCGGAGGGGGCACGCGCAGAGCGGCCGUCGGGAGGGGCGGCGUCCAGAGGCAGUUCUCCGGCGCGCUGUCCGACAACGGGCUCGACAGCGAGGACGAGGAGCCCAUCGCCGGCGUGUUCUCCAACGGCAGCCGGGUCGAGGUGGAGGCGGACGUCCACUGUCUACUCCGGCACGACCGCGCCCACUCCAACGGCGCGGGGGCAAGCAAAGCCCUCGCCCCCGGUAACGAGCCUCCGCCCCCCGCCUGCCCGUCUGUCUCGCCCGUGCCUCCCUCCUCGCCGUCCCUGUGCCAGGAGGCCCGCACGGCCACCCUGGGCCGCAGGGCUCGCGGCAACGGCUCCGUCGCCUGCCAGGGCCGGAGCCAGGACGUCAUCGAGGAGGCGGCGGAAGCCCCCGCCAGGAAGCAGGGAGGCUACUUCAACGCUCCCGCCCAGCCGGACCCCGACGACCAGCUGAUCAUCCCGCCGGAGCUGGAGGAGGAGGUCCGGCAGAUUAUCCAGCAGCAGCAGCAGCAGCAGCAGCAGGAACAGAUGCAGACGCAUAACUACCAGAGACCAGCGGACUACUUCGUCACGCCGCUCUGACUGCUGCCGUCAGCAUCCGCCUCUGUCCUCCGAAACGGAGGAGUGUCCAGUCCACUGGGCGCCGACUUCACUCCCAAACACUCUCAACGCGUUUUUGGACCAGACACUUUUUUUUUUUUUU